AUGACCAAGCCCGAACUCAUUUACUUUGACGCCCCAGGACGAGCCGAGCCCAUUCGUAUGCUCCUUCACUUUGCGGGAAUCGAAUACGAAGACACUCGUUUUCCGGGAAGCGAAUGGCCUGCCAUCAAGCCGACGACUCCCCUUGGAUUUGUGCCAGUCAUGAAGAUUGAUGGCAAGCAAUACUGCCAAUCUCUAUCUCUUACUCGUUAUGCUGCCAAGUUGGCAGACUGGUACCCCGCUUCUGAAUUUCAAGCUUUGAAGUGUGACAUGGUUGCAGAGACUAUCAACGAACUUGCUGCGUUGGCCCCAAAGAGCAAAGAUCAAGAUGAGCUCAAGAAGCUAAGACAAGAAUUCCAAAAGGACACCCUCACCAAGUAUUGGAAAUUCGUCGAAGGGAUCAUUCAAGAGAACGGUGGAAUUCUUGUCAGUGGUAGCACUCCUACCUUUGCGGAUCUCCUGAUUCAACAAAGUGUUCUCAUGAUCAAGUUAGGCUUUUGGGAUCACAUUGAUACCAACUUUUUCGAUGAUUAUCCAGGACUCAAUGCUACCUGCAAAGCGGUUGAGGAAAACGAAAAGGUGAAGGCCUACAUGGCUGCCAAGAAGAAGUAA